AUGGCUGGAAUUAGACGUGUUGCUCAAGGUUCUGCGUGUAAAGAUUGGUGUUGGACAAUUAAUAAUUACACUCGUGAGGAUUGUGAAUCAUUAGAAACCGUGGAUGUUCAGUAUAUAUGCUACGGACGGGAAAUCGGCGCUAGUGGGACCACCCACUUACUGGGGUUUAUGCAGUUGAAGAAGAGAGUACGUCUCACAGCUCUUAAGAAGAUUGCUCCUUUCGGGAAGGCACACUUAGAACAGCGACGCGGGACUGCACAAGAGGCGAAGGAUUACACAAGCAAGGAUGACGAGACCACCUGGGUAGAGAGAGGCUACAUGACAGAACAGGGGGUAGGCCAGUUAAAGAACUUAACCGACAUGGCAUUGAAAGGACAUGACGCCGAAGAUCUCUACGAGCAAGACGGGGGCUGCUAUGUAUCCCACAAGAGAAAAAUCGACGAAGCAGUUGGAGCAAUAAAGCAAUGCCAGGAGAAGAAACGCCUGAAGACGGCUAUGAGAGAGGGCAACGUCGAACUUAAGACUUGGCAGGACUGGGCAGUGGACCAUUUGGAAGUACUCCAGUUUCAUCAGCCUUCAGAAGGUCUACAUAUUCAGUAUCACGGGCAGCCAGAUAAUAUUCCAUCUGGGGGUGAUGGUCAAAUAGACCCAUUAUGA